AUGUCAUCUUGGAACGAGAGUUGUAUUGAUUGUUGUUCGUGGGAAGGAGUCAGGUGUGAUGGUCUGACGGGUCACGUGAUUGGGCUUGACCUCAGUUGUAGCCAGCUCUACGGCAGUAUCCAUCCUAACAGUAGCCUCUUCCAACUCUCUCACCUCCAAAACCUCAAUCUCGCCUUCAAUCACUUCAAUUACUCCCACAUUCCAUCAGCAUUUGGUCAAUUUGCCAGUUUGACACAUCUCAACCUAUCUUAUUCCAGUUUUUCAGGCUCAAUCCCGUCAGAAAUUCGCCACCUGUCCAACCUAGUUUCACUCGAUCUCUCCUGUAGUGAACCACUAAGACUUGAACCGCACAAUUUCAGAAUGAUGCUCAAAAACCAAACCCAAUUGCAAGAACUUGUCCUUUCUUCUGUAAACAUAUCUUCAGUUGUACCAAUGUCUUUGACGAAUAUGUCUUCUUUGACAUAUCUCGAUCUUACUUUCACCGGGUUGCAUGGGAAAUUACUGGAUAGCAUUUUUCACCUUCCAAACUUGCAAAUUCUCUUUUUAGGAGGCAACCAUGAUCUCACUGGUAAUUUACCCAAAGUAAAUUGGAGUAGUAGUAGUUCCCUCAAGACGUUGUAUCUCGGGUCUUCGGGUUUUUCUGGAGAAUUGCCUGAUUCAAUUGGCUAUCUCAAGUCUUUGAAUUACUUGGAUCUCAGCGAUUGCAAAUUCUCCGGGUCCAUUCCUGAAUCACUCGGGAACCUUACACAGAUCACUCAUCUAUACUUGCGGGGAAAUAGUUUCAAUGGUCAGAUCCCAUUUACUCUCUCAAAUCUCAAUCAACUCAUUAACUUUAAUCUUUUUGGAAAUAAUCUUGACGGAAAAAUUCCUAAUUUUAUCGGUAAGCUGAUAAAGCUAGAGGUUUUAGCACUUGGAGAUAACAAUUUCAACGGUCCAUUUCCAUGUGGGGUAGCCAACCUGACAAAACUUGGUAUUUUAGAUAUAUCAAGUAGUGCAGUGAUGGGUCCCAUUCCCUCCAUCAUGAGUGGGCUACACAACCUACAAGCACUUGACUUGCACAAUAACUCACUGAAUGGGACACUACCAUCUUGGUUGUUGAAUCUUCCAUCAUUGACAGAAUUAAACCUGGGUAGUAAUCGACUAACUGGCCAAAUUCCUGAGUUCCAGCAUAAAUCAAAAUUGAUGUACAUUGACUUGAGUCAUAAUGAACUACAUGGCCCCAUUCCACAAUCAAUUUCAAAUCUUGUGAAUUUGACCAAACUUGUUCUUUCCUCAAAUAAUUUUAGUGGUGUUGUGGAGCUAGAAACAUUCUUAAAUCUAAAAAAUCUUGAUAGUCUUGAUCUGUCAUACAAUAUUCUGUCAGUGAGCACCAUCAACAAUAUCAACAAUACCUUGCCUAAUCUUAGGUUCUUCCGUAUGACUUCUUGCAAGAUAAAGGAAUUCCCUGAUUUCUUUAAAGCCUUAGAGAAUGUCGAACAACUAGACAUUUCCAACAAUGAAAUUCGUGGGAAGAUUCCAAGAUAG